ACAGAGGAGCUGGUGAGAGUCACAGUUUGGGGAGGACGCAGAGAAGUUCAUGACAUAACAAAUACUGGACGUUUGGAGGAAAAAUAGUCCAGUAACUAGUAACUGGAAACUUUUUACCAGGCGAGGACUAGAAAUGGACAUUUGGUUUCAUGUCGAGGAUAACUGAUUUUUGGUUCAUUUCCAUCGCAUCGUUACGCAGGAGGAAAGAAAAAUACCUUCAGAGUUCUGCGAGCUUCAGCACAGCACCAGGAUGUUGAGAUGAGACCAGAAACUCCAACAGGUCUCUGAAGAGGCUUUAAGAUGCCAGCAGUGAGCCUGCCGGGUUAAUCAGCCUUGCCUCCCUCUGCUGUGUCCAGUGCUGUGGCGCCCUCUGCUGUGUAACCGAGGAAGGCCAAAGAAGGGGGCAGGUCAGGCAGCAUGGGGAACGUAUUCGAGGAUGGGAUGAACAUUGUCAUUGUCAGCCACUACAACCACUCAGGAAAGUGGGAUCGGCCUCGCAGUGACGGGGCCUGUAAGAUUGCUGUGCUGCUCUUCAUCUGCGUGCUGAUUGUUUUGGAGAACGUCACGGUGCUGCUCGCUCUCUGGAGAAACAAGCGCUUCCACAGCCGCAUGUACUUUCUGAUUGGAAACCUGGCGCUGUCAGACCUGCUGGCCGGUGUAGCCUAUGUGGUCAACAUUUUCACCUCAGGACGUAACACCUUUUUCCUGACCCCAGUGCAGUGGCUGGCACGAGAGGGGAGCAUGUUUGUGGCCCUCAGUGCAUCAACAUUCAGCCUUUUAGCUAUUGGAAUUGAGAGACACAUGACAAUGGUGCGUUUGCGUCCCUGUGAGACAGCAGGACGGGGGAGACUUCUAGGACUACUGGCAGCCUGCUGGCUUGUAUCGGUUUUGCUCAGUGCUCUGCCCAGCCUGGGCUGGAACUGUCUCAAUAACCGGGCCUCUUGCUCCACAGUACUGCCACUUUACGCUAAGAGUUAUGUGGCCUUCUGCAUCAGUGUCUUCAGUGCCCUGCUGGUGGCCAUCAUCAUCCUCUACAUCAGGAUCUAUCGUCUGGUGACCUCCAGCGGCCGCAGGGUGAGCAGCCGGCCUUCAGAGCGCUCACUUGCCCUGCUGAGGACUGUGGUUAUCGUUCUCGGAGUGUUCGUUAUGUGCUGGACCCCCCUCUUCCUCCUGCUGCUGCUGGAUGUUGGGUGUAGUCCUAAUAAAUGCCCAGUUCUCUACCAGGUCGACUGGUUUAUCGCCUUGGCUGUGCUAAACUCUGCCCUCAACCCUCUCAUAUACACUCUGUCCAGCAGGGAGAUGAGGGCAGCGUUCUUCCGGCUGCUGUGCUGCUGUCAGACCAGCAUGGAGUCCACAGGGACUCCUGUGGUGGGAAACCCACACCUGGGCACUGUCAUCCCCACAGCAGAGAACAGCAAGACCAGCUUGGGUGGUGGAGGGGGCAGUGUGGCUGGGAAGUCCACGCUGAACAGGGGAAAGGUUCCACCACCUGUGAACUCUGACAGCAAGCAUGGAGAUCCAUCAGCAACCGCUGUGUCCCACCCAUCAGGACCUGCAGACCUGCUGUCUGCUGUGUUGGGGAAGGCGGGGGCCCUGCCACCCCUCAGCAAGUUCUGAGAGAAAGCACCUUAAAGAGGCCUUACAAACAUAGAAAUAAACAUUAAAUGGACACACUCCAGCUAACUGCCACUUUUUGUUAAUGCACUAUGGCCAGCGAGGCAUGAAGACCAUGAAGGAAGGAUUUUUCUAUUUGAACCAGAUGAAGAUAACAGACAACAGUACAAUCAAUGUUCAUUAAAAGCCACUAUUUAUAACACCCCAACUAUAUUACUCAUAACACCAGAGUAAGCAAUAUGUUGUUUAUGCCUUAUGCUAUGAGUGAAGUUAACUUUCAAACCUAUGAAGUAUAUUAGGACAGUUUCUAGGCUAGGCCCCCCCAAACAAAGCCCCAAAUUUAAUCUCCUGGCUUAACCCAUAUCUGUGAAUCCUGUUUCAGCAACAACUGAGUAUAACUAACUUUAAAGUUGUUGUGUCUGUGUAUUUGUUAUUUUUGUUUUAUUUUGUUAUUAGGAGCAGAAAAGAUAGAAUUGGGGCACUUUUAUGCAUGUGCUGUGUGCAAGUACUCUUAAAACGCUUGCAUCUCCCACCCCAAAAUGACUUCUUCAAGUAUUUAUUUUCUGUGAAAACAUUCGCAAUCUUGAUACUUUUGGUAUAUAUUAUUCAGUAUAGAUUGUGUGCUUAAAACACUUCGGUACUCGGAUUUCAUUUUGAUUUUGAUAUAAUUUAAGAUGCACUGUGAGAGAAAACAAAACCAUGUAUAUGUAUUUUUUGUUUUAGACUAGCGGCCUCUAGAGGCGGUGAUACACAUCACACAUCACAAAACCAAUCUUUGAGCUGACUGGAAAAUAGGGUAGAAACAUUGUUAUCAUUUCAUUCUUUCCACUGCCAGUGGGCAAGAACAUAAAGGCUGUCCUGGAGGUGUUGGUGUUCAUUACCGGAAAGGACUCAUCUUUCAUAUUCAGUGUCAGUUCUGUUCUGUCAGCAUCAGCUGUACUGUGAGAUCAAUUAACGUGUGUAAUAACUUCAGUCAUGGACAUUUUCCUCUCAUCAGCAUAUCUAGAAACCACUCACACGUCAACUAACCACUAGUGAAUAAGAGUGUUGGAUGUGAAUUAUUUAAUGGUGGUAGACUGUAAACUACAUUUCUGCCUAGGGUGGUGCAGUGCCUAAUGCCAUUAUAUACAAUAAAAUCCUAUUCUCUUUUAUGAGAUAUUCAAA